UUAAAAAUAAUGUUUUGUUCCAACAACACUAGCAAAAAAAUGUUUAGAGAAUAAGAUUUUAUUAUGUAAUUAAGCGACUGAUCAUGCAAAUAAUUUAUUAGAACAAAUAUGUUUUUAUUUGUUAGAAAUGUUGCAAAUCUGAAGUUUUACUUUGCAACUUUCUUUGGUGGCUUACACUAAAUGCGUCAAUCUCGCUUGUAUGUUGUAUAACUCCAAAUCGUAAAUCAUCAAAACCAUUUUGGUGUCUGAAUAUUCUUUUGGUGUCUUCUUCUUUGCUCUCUAUUAAAGGAUCCAGAAACCCCUUCACAACAAUGUGAGAGAGAGAGAGAGAGAGAGAGAGAGAGAGAGAGAGAGAGAGAGAGAGAGAGAGAGAGAGAGAGAGAGAGAGAGAGAGAGAGAGAGAGAGAGAGAGAGAGAGAGAGAGAGAGAGAGAGAGAGAGAGAGAGAGAGAUUCAAGUAUCUCCUCAAGAUCACUAUUACCACAAAAAUAAAAGUAUUCAAGAAGACUGCAUGGAUCUAGAAGAUUGGGAGUUACUCCCCAAGAAUCUCUACAAGGGUCUCGAUCUCGAUCACGACGAGGAUCAUGAGGCAGCGAUGAGGAUCAUCAGAAACACUGAGAAAAGCUUCGAUAUGGAUUACUUUAUCUGCCCGACACAAGAUCCUGUCGGAAAAAUAGAGUUCCAUAGAAGACCAAGCGUGGUCCCCACACAGCUCCUCCAAGUUCCCGUUAAUUGGGAACCUGUGUACACCGUGGACGACACAGAUCACAAGAAGAACCAGGAUCAGGAUCCGGAACUUGUGACGGAAUCUGUUCCGUCGCCGAGAAUAACCUUCAAAACAGCGAAGGAAAACGAAUUUGUCGACAUGAAAAUAGACUUACCAGCGAGGUUCACAAGUCCUCUGCCUCAGAAAGAUGACGAACACUCUGUCUCAGGAAGAGUGUUAGCAAGAGAGUACUACGGUGAGAUGGGAACAGAGGUUGAGGAAGGUGGUGACGUGAAGUGCAAGAAAGAAGUUGUGUGGGAGGAGGAGGAGAAGAACAAACGUGGUGAAAAAAUGAAUCUGUGGAAGAUGGGUCUUCAUGGAAUUGGAGCUAUAUGUUCAUUUGGUGUUGCUACUGCUGCUGCCACUUUAUAUGUCUUCUUCCUUGGACGCAACAAUAGCAUACGAGGUUGUCGGAACAAGAACCAGAUCCUCAGGUUCCAGAUCUACUCUGAUGAUAACAAGGUAAGCGAAUGAAGGAAGUAGUGAAGCAUGCAACAAAACUAAAUGAAGCAAUCUCUGUGCUGAAAGGUCUUCCGGUGGCAAGAGCUCAGAUAUCUUUUGGAGGACACUAUGAUGGACUUUGAAAUCAUAGCCAUCCCACCCGUUUAUAGAUACAUCAGAGCCAAAUGUCUACUGUUCUAUUACCAUGGGCUCUAUAGCUUCUAUGCACUAUGAAUUUAGGAAAUUCAGUAUUGUAUGAUGUUUGUAAAAUUUACAUUAUUUGUCCGAAUACAUCUAGUUAUAUGAACGAUGAUAUACUUAAGAGAUUGUACACUUA